AUGAUUAAAUUUAUUGAAGUGAAACAACCAUACUUUUUAUUUAGUGGAGGACUGAAAGCAUUUCUGUUGAAAGUGAAGGAAUUAAUUCUUGUUGGAUUUCUCUUUGCAGGAGUGAUAGUACUCACAAAUUUAGGUCUUGACAAAGCGUCCAUCAAUAUCAAUGUUCUUCUUCGAACCUCGAGCAUUUUCUGGAUCAUUUUAUUGUCAUUUCUCAUUCGAAGUGAAAGACCCACACUUCUUCAAGUCAUGUUCGCUCUCAUUGUCACCUCAGGAGCCAUAUUACUGAGUUUAGAUGUUGGAUUAGGAUGGAGUGUACAUGUGUCUAAUAUUCCAGCUGUUGUCGUGAAUUUGGCAUCUGCCCUCUGUACAGGUCUCAUGUUCGUGACGAUGCGAUUCGUAGUCUCACGACAAGAAAAAUACGAACAUUUAAGAAUGAAUAUUUUAGAAAUGACCAUGGUGAAAAUGUUUAUUGCAGCAUUGUUCAUGCUCAUUCCAGCUUUGGUCAUGGAAACCAUUUUACCGUUUGCUGACUCCAAACCAACGGUAUGGCAAGUCAUGUUCACUCGAUUAGACAUGUUUGGUUUGGUAUUGGGAGGAGUUUUAGUCACACUGAUUUUUCAGAGUUCAGUGUUGGCUCUCACUGUUUAUUCGAAAGCAAUUAGUGUUGGCUUAAUUCAACAAUUUUUGAUUUUUCCUCAAUUAGCAUUCUAUACCAUUAUUAGUGCUGCUCAUUUGGUACCAAGAAGUUGGAAUAUUCAAUUGUUGAAACCGACAUGGUCACACAUUACUGGAAGUUGUUUGAUUAUUGUGGGAACAUUGUUAUAUGCUGUUUUGAGGGUUGUGAAAAUGUUGGAUCAGAAACGACGACGGAAAGAACAUGAAAAAGUUGUGGAGAAGCAAAAAGAAGAGGAUGAAGAGGUUGUCUCAUUACUUCGAUCAAAAGACCAACAAGAGUCGAGAGAAGCUCAAAUUCAAAAUUUGCCACGGAAAUGGUAUGAUUGGAUUGUAUAA